AUGAGUGACGAGGAGGUUCCACAGGUUCCAAGGGGAUUAACCUUAGAACAGGCUCAAAAUCUUAGAAGAGAUAGGCGAAUCGACGAGUUGGCAGCAAGGAUGGAUGAGAUAUUAAAAAGGCUUGAUACUCUUGCUGGAGAUUCUUCAAGGAAAGGGAAUUCUAACUCUAAUUCUGGUUCAAGUGAGGAAGAACAACCAAGGAGGAACCCAAGGAGGCUACGAAAUAAUUAUUCUUCAAGUGAUGAAUCACCAAGGCCUAGGAGAAGAGAUAGACCAAAGGAUGAUGAUAGGAACCUUAGGUUAGAUCUUCCUGAAUUCAAUGGGAGUAUGAAUGAACCUGAAAAAUACUUUGAGUGGAUUAGAAGGGCCGAGACACUCUUUGAUUACAAGGAGUAUGAUGAAAGGAAAACAUGCAAAUUGGCUAAAUUAAAACUGAUCGGUUGUGCUAGUCUUUGGUAUGAUAGUCUAAAGAAGAAGAGGCAUAAGGAGGGGCGUGGAAGAAUCUCAACUUGGGAACAACUCAAGAAGCACAUGAAAAAAGAAGAGAUUGUUGAGCAUAAGAUUGCUAGAUUUAUUUCGGGGUUGAAUGAUAAUAUUGCUGAAAAAGUUGAAUUGCAACAAUAUUGGUCCUUUGAUGAUGUUUUCAUGGUAGCUUUGAAAGUUGAAAAACAGAUAAAGGGGAAGAAAGGGACGUACACUAAGCCCUUUGUAAAAGGUUUCACUAAACCUUUUGAGAGGAACAGCUUGGAGAAAAGUGGUUCUAGUUCGAACUACAAGGAGACUAAAUCAAAAUUUGAAGCUCAUAAAAAGCUUGUUGAAGAUAGGAAGUGCUUCAAGUGUGGUAGUGUUGGUCACAUUGCAACUAAUUGUCCAUCAAAAAUAGUAAUGACUGCUCAAGAGUGGGAGCAAGAACAAGCUAAGUGUGAGCAAGGUAGUGACUAUGUAAAAAAGAAUGAAGAGGAAAACUUUGAAGAAGAGGAGGGGCAUAUUGUCGAAAUUGAUCCCGAGACUCAUGGUCAAAGUUUGGUUCUAAGAAGGGAACUACACUCUAAAACCGUACCUAUGGAAAACAAUCAAAGGGAGAAAAUCUUUCUUACAAGGUGCAAGGUAGAAGAUAGGUUGUGUGACAUGAUCAUAGACACGGGGAGUUGCACUAAUGUGGUAUCUACUACUUUGGUAGACAAAUUGAAGUGGCCAACUAUUGAACAUCCAAGCCCUUAUAAGCUUCAUUGGCUUAAUAAUUCGAGUGAUGUUAAGGUAACUAAACAAGCCUUAAUCUCCUUUUCAAUUGGUAAAUUUCAUGAUAAAGUUUUUUGUGAUGUUUGUCCUAUGGAUGCUUGUCAUAUACUAUUAGGCCGUCCUUGGAAAUAUGAUAGAUUUGUGAAGUUUGAUGGAAGGACUAAUGUUGAGAGGGAAUUAGAAAAAGAGAUUUGCAGCAACAAUGUGGUAUAUAUACUUGUUUCUAAUGAGAUUCGAAUUGAUCAAAAUAACCUAGCAAAGAGGCCGUAUGAAUUUGAAUUUGUUUUAGAAGAAUUCAAGGAUGUCUUUCCUAAGGAAUUACCUCCGGGACUACCUCCUAUUCGUGGGACAAAGCAUCAAAUUGACUUGAUUCCGGGAGCACCAUUACCUAAUAAGGCAGCCUAUAGAAGUAAUCCGGAAGAAACAAAGGAGAUGCAAAGGCAGAUUGAAGAGCUUAUGGCUAGAGGAUACGUGAGGGAAAGUAUGAGCCCUUGUGUCGUGCCUACUUUACUUGUCCCAAAGAAAGAUGGAAGUUGGCGUAUGUGUAUUGAUAGUAGGAGUGUGAAUAACAUCACUAUCAAAUACCGAUUUCCUAUUCCAAGGUUAGAUGAUCUACUUGAUGAACUUCAUGGUUCAAAGUUGUUUUCUAAGAUUGAUCUUAUGAGUGGUUAUCAUAAAGUUCGAAUGAGAGAAGGAGAUGAGUGA